AUGUUUAGUUGGUUAUCUAAAGAAGGCGAAAAGCAGCAAUUGUACGAUAAUGUUGUGGAAGGUCUUAAAAAGAUAUAUAAAACAAAGCUGUUACCUUUGGAACAGCAUUAUCAGUUUCACGACUUUCAUUCACCCAUGUUAGAUGAUCCAGAUUUCGAUGCGAAGCCUUUAAUAUUAUUAGUAGGUCAAUAUUCCACCGGAAAAACUACUUUCAUCAAAUAUUUAUUAGAAAGAGAAUUUCCUGGAAUCAGAAUUGGUCCUGAACCGACCACUGAUAGAUUUAUAGCCGUUAUGUAUGAUGAUAAAGAGGGCGUGAUACCUGGUAAUGCAUUAGUUGUUGAUCCCAAAAAACAAUUUCGGCCUUUAAGCAAAUUUGGCAAUGCUUUUCUUAAUAGGUUUCAAUGUUCUACUUUACCUUCACCUGUACUUAAAGGAAUAUCAAUAGUGGAUACGCCUGGUAUAUUAUCCGGUGAGAAACAGCGUGUGGAUAGAGGAUACGAUUUUACUGGGGUUCUUGAAUGGUUUGCAGAGAGAGUGGAUCGUAUAAUACUGCUGUUUGAUGCACAUAAGUUAGAUAUAUCAGAUGAAUUUAGAAGAUCAAUUGAAGCUUUACGAGGCCAUGAUGACAAAAUUCGCAUUGUAUUAAACAAAGCUGAUAUGAUUGAUCAUCAGCAAUUAAUGAGGGUUUAUGGGGCAUUGAUGUGGUCACUGGGAAAAGUGCUUCAAACACCAGAAGUUGCUCGAGUUUAUAUAGGAUCAUUUUGGGAUCAGCCUUUGAGGUAUGAUGUAAAUCGGCGAUUAUUUGAAGAUGAAGAGCAAGAUUUAUUCAAAGACAUGCAAUCACUUCCACGCAAUGCUGCUUUGAGAAAGUUAAAUGAUUUGAUUAAAAGAGCAAGACUGGCCAAAGUUCAUGCUUAUAUAAUAUCUGAAUUACGCAAAGAGAUGCCUUCAGUAUUUGGAAAAGAUGGUAAGAAAAAGGAACUGAUAAAACAUUUACCACAAACUUAUGAAAAACUGCAAAGGGAGCAUCAAAUAUCUCCAGGCGAUUUUCCAGAUGUCAAAAAAAUGCAAGAAUGCUUACAACAUCAUGAUUUUACAAAAUUUCAUCCGUUGAAAUUAAAACUUCUUGAAGUAGUUGAUAAAAUGAUGGCUGAAGACAUUUCUAAGUUGAUGGAUAUGAUACCACAUGAGGAAUCAACAUCUAAAAUAGAACCACUCAUUAAAGGCGGUGCUUUCGUUGGUGUUGAAGAUACCAUUUCACCUUUUGGAUACAAGAGAGGAGAAGGCAUAGAUGCUGGUGCAGGUGAACCAGAAUGGAUAGUCAAAAAGGAGAAACACAAUUACGAUGCUAAAUUUGAAACAUUGAAUCCUAUUGAUGGAAAGAUUACUGGCGCAGCUGCGAAAACUGAGAUGUUGAAAUCGAAACUGCCACACUCCGUUCUUGGAAAAAUAUGGAAAUUAUCAGAUGUUGACAAAGAUGGGGCUUUGGACUCUGACGAAUUCGCACUCGCAAUGCAUUUGAUACAGGUUAAGAUUGAUGGACACGAAUUACCAAAUGAAUUACCUUCACAUUUAAUUCCACCUAGUAAAAGAAUUUAAACUUUUUAAUUACAAAUUUAUAAUCACAAUUAAGAUUUGUGCUUUGUAUAUACGUGUAUAUGUGGAUAUGUAUAUGGUAAUGAAUAUGCACCCUUAUUUUAUAUAAUGAAUUUCCAUUGCGUAAAUGUUUAUAUACACAACUAAUCGUACGUAUGUCCAUAUAAACAUAUACCAUACAU